AUGCCAGCGUUCACCAACUCAUACGCCCCCCCAGCGCCACCCGACAUCCCAAGCGACAUUCAUCUCCACACUCGUCCAGACGAAUACGACUUCAACUAUGUCUUUGAAGUCAAGCAGCUUAGAUCAGACAGGGUAGAGCUCAGGCCGAUGGUCCCGUCCCUACACGCCAAGCUCUACUUUGAGGGCGUCACCAAGUAUCCAGAAGUGCUCAAGUGGAUGGGCAUCUCGCCUCCCCAAACCUUGGAAGAGACUCUCGUCCUCAUCGAGAAGAUAUGGAGAACCCCGACGGAUUCGCUCCCGUAUGCAAUCUUCACCGAGCCUCCUGGGUCGACGACUAAGGUCGAACCUGAGGACUACGUCUAUGCCGGAAGCAUCGCCAUCAUCAACUCUAGCUCUCCCCAAAUGAUCGCCGAGCCAGGAUACGUCACUAUCCUUCCACCUUUCCAUCGAACCCACGUCCAAACCCACGCAACCGGCCUGCUCCUCCAUCGCAUCCUCGAUCAUCCUGACCAGGGCGGUCUCGGCCUCCGACGCUGCCAGUGGCUGACCACCACGCUGAACACGGCAAGUCAGGCUGCAUCCAAGAGGUUGGGCUUUCACUUUGAGGGAGAGUUGAGGUGCCAGAAAGUACUUCCAGCAGGCAAAGUCGGUGUACGGGAUGGUAGACCCGGGGUGAGGCUUUCAGAAUGUCCUGUAAGGCAUGACUGGUACUCUUCUUUGACCUGGUACGAAUGGGAAGGGGAGGGUAGGACGCAUAUCGAUGCGCUCAUGGCUCGGCAAGGAUGA